GGGUCAACACAGGGAGCCAGUCAAAUAUGACACAAGUAAUAGAAAGAUGGAGGAUGAUAUGAGAUCUCGUAUUUUUGCUGAAUUUGUGGAAGACUAUGCUAUUUUACGAAUGAAUAAUGGAGAGAAUAGAUUCACUAUUGAGUCAGUUAACAGACUAAAUGAAGUUCUAGACGAGAUUAUAAGCAAUCAACGAGUCAAGUUUCUUAUAACCGUGGGUUCUGGGAAGUAUUUCUCGAAUGGGUUCGUUAUCGAGAGAUUGUUGUCCGAAUCUGUGGAGGACAACAAAGUUGUACCUGAACAUCAUCGCCUCCUGAUGAAACUGCUGACAUUUCCUUUACCUACUAUAGCUGCUAUCAACGGUCAUGCAUAUGCUGGUGGCGCCUUGCUAGCCCUUGCUCAUGACUAUCGAAUCAUGCAGACCUCAAGAGGAUGGUUCUGUUUGCCAGAGAUCAGAUUAAGGUUGUUCUUUUUGGCUGGAUACAGGGCAUUUCUUAGAGCAAAAAUGCCAAGUCCCAGAGUAGCCCUAGAUUCCAUCAUAAUGGGGAAGAAGUUCACAGCUGAACAAGCAUUUGAAGUAGGACUAGUGGAAGGAAUGUGUACCCCUGAUAAACUUCUUUCUACCGCUAUACAAUAUGGGCGAAACAUGGUGGAGGGAGAGAAUUAUGACAGAGACCAUAUGCAACAGAUGAAAGCCAAUCUUUAUGAGCAUGUUAUCAAGGCAGUUAAUGAGACAAUAGGUAGUUUUACCGCAAAACUUUAGGACUUCUUUCUACUGCUAUACAAUAUGGAAGAAACUAGUGGAAAGAGAAUUAGGAGAUUAAUUAGGAGAGAAUUAUAAAGAAAGCAUAUGCAACAAAUAAGAGUCUGUCAUGUUUUCAAGGUUGUUAAUAAGAUGCUAAAGGUAGUUUUACAGCUAAAUUUUAGAACUGAGUGAUAUUAGGGAGCGGUCAUUAAUUACUGUGGGGGCUGGGCCGGCAAUUUUGCAAAACCCUGGCUCUAAAUUUGUGCACCUCCCCCCCCCUCCCCCCUCAAAUCCAACCCAAAAAAUCGUGACCCCCCCUAGACCGGACGCCCAAAAAUUUGCAACCCCCCCCCCCCCCCAACUACCACCACCACCACCUCCACAUUUUUAUAUUCAGUAAAACCACAGAGACUUAAUAUACAUACUGAGUUUAGCUGAAUAUAACCUUUACUUAAAUAUAGAUCAGAUAUUUAAUUUAGGUAUGAACCUUCACUUUUGCUAGUUUAAGAGUGGCACAGAGAUAAACAACAAAUACUGGUGUUGCUAGACAAUUUUAACAAAGACAUUUGAGUCUAGGUUUUUAAAGACAAGAUUGGUACCUGAACACUAUGGAACUAGAUAUACAAUAGUAGGAAACAUUGUGAAGUAAAUAAACUUUUCAUUUCAACAAUGAA